CAGAACCUACCAAAACAAGCUACACGAGAGUCACGUAAAAGAACUACGCAAUAUGAAGAUCAACUACCAUUCUGCAAGCGCCUAUUUCCUUGCUGGUGUCCUCUCCAAGGGCGUGGCAAACCCCGAGACCAACUUCCUUUCGGACCUCUUUGGGGACGAAGCCUUCCUCGAGUGCGUCCAGGACACGACGGCCCUAGAAAACAAUAAUCCAGAUCUCGCUGGGGCGGGGGAAGCAUUCUUCGGUUCCUUCGAGGUGGGUCCACUCCAGAUCACCGAAGAAUCAAUUGGUGUGGACGUAAUUUUCAACGAGACAAAACGUGACCCAUACAAGGUGGCCUGCAUGGCUGCCGGGGGACUCUACGAUGCAAUGGAUGGAAGCAUCACUUGCGAACCCCAACCCGACCUUAGAGGACCGCUGCCCGAACGCAACAGCGGGCGAAUAUCCUUCCUGAAUUACGGCCAAUGCGUUGCCGACACGGAAGAAUGCAAGGCCAUCAACGUCUGGAAUUUCCUUCGCGAUUUCUUUGAGGCGCUAGGAAUGCAGUGCGAUGUUGGCACUGUUACCGCUGCAGUUACAAACGGAGGCCUCCCAGAACACGGUUUCGGUGGUGAUACCGGCGACCUCCAGUCGACACAGUCGUUGCCGUCUUCUGGCUCUGAAUCUCAUUCCGUGAUUUGGGCGACCCAAAUCGGCAUCGCUGCUUUGCCCGUUUGCCUUGUAUUCCUUCUCUUGUAGCUGCAACUAUGUUCCCGGUCUUCUAUAUCUUGUAGUAUCGUCCCUGCUUCUUCUGACACAGCAAAACCAUUCGUAUCUUCAGGUAGAUAUAAGAUACAUGAUUUAUCGAAGAACAACACAAAUCCAUUCACUCAUUCGCCCGUUCGCCAGUUCCUAAGAAUUCCAACUAGCUGUAGACCUACAGGAUAAUCUAAUACGUACGAGUUAGUAAUACUUCCACUAGCAAUGAUAAAACUAUAGUAACAAAGAAUUCACCAGUUUUACGCUGGAUACAAUCAUUCGAGCAUUAUCCAUCGAUUGAACGCUGUCGUUAUUCUACGAUUAGCACUAACAGUGUGAUAAUCGCCCUGUGGUCGCAUCGGUAAAUAAUUUUCAUACUUGUCCUACUUUUUCUUCUUCAUAAUAAAUUGAAAAUUUGUGC